AUGGCUACUUCUCUGCAAGCUGGUUCCACUUCUGGGAUUGCCAGGAAUCACACAUUCCAGCGUCUUCAUUCCGCUGCACCCUGCUAUGGCAAUUCCAUUUCCUUCCCUCCCCAGCCACCGUCUCUCCAUCUGAAGUUAACUGGGACAUCAAACUCGGUACCUUUCUCUACAACAAGUGUCAUGGCUAAGUCUUCUGAUACUGCCGCUGAAGCUGUCGAAUUGGAUAUCUCAUUGAGCCCCAGAGUGAAUUCGGUAAAACCCUCAAAAACUGUGGCCAUAACGGAUCAGGCGACUGCUCUAGCAGAAGCUGGUGUUCCUGUGAUUCGGUUGGCUGCUGGGGAACCCGAUUUCGACACCCCAGCUGUAAUUGCCGAGGCUGGCAUUAAUGCUAUCCGUGAAGGUUACACUAGAUACUCCCCUAAUGCUGGCACACAGGAGCUGCGUGCUGCAAUUUGUAAGAAGCUGAAAGAAGAGAACGGACUAUCUUAUGCGCCUGACCAGGUUGUAGUUAGCAAUGGAGCAAAGCAAAGUAUCAUUCAAGCUGUGCUUGCAGUUUGUUCCCCAGGGGAUGAGGUUGUCAUCCCAGCACCAUUCUGGGUCAGUUAUCCAGAAAUGGCGAGAUUGGCUGAUGCUGAACCUGUGAUUGUUCCAACCUCUAUCUCUGAGAACUUCCUUAUGGAUCCAAAAGUGCUGCAAUCCAAACUUACCGAGAAGUCGAGACUUUUGAUACUCUGCUCUCCAUCUAACCCAACAGGAUCUGUUUAUCCCAGGGAAUUGCUGGAAGAGAUCGCCAAAAUUGUAGCUAAACAUCCCAGACUUCUGGUUCUGUCCGAUGAAAUAUAUGAACACAUUAUCUACCAACCUUCCAAGCACACAAGCUUUGCAUCUUUGCCAGGCAUGUGGGAGAGGACUCUGACAGUAAAUGGCUUUUCCAAGGCUUUUGCCAUGACUGGGUGGAGACUUGGAUAUAUCGCUGGUCCUAAGCAUUUCGUAUCAGCAUGUAACAAGAUACAAAGCCAGUCAACUUCUGGGGCCAGCAGUAUAUCACAGAAAGCUGCAGUUGCUGCAUUAGGACUAGGCUAUGCCGGUGGGGAAGCAGUGGCUACCAUGGUGAAAGCAUUCAAGGAGCGUCGAGACGUCUUGGUUAAAAGCUUUGGAGAAAUCAAAGGGGUCAAAAUUUCUGAACCCCAGGGUGCAUUCUAUCUGUUCAUAGAUUUCAGCUCAUACUACGGGUCAGUUGUUGAAGGUUUCGGUGAAAUUGUGGACUCUGAAUCCCUUUGUAGAUACCUAUUGGACAAAGCUCAGGUUGCAUUGGUCCCAGGAGUUGCAUUUGGAGACGACACAUGCAUACGAAUCUCGUAUGCAGCAUCCCUCCCCACAUUGCAGGCAGCUGUGGAGAGGAUUAAGAAGGCAAUAGUCUCUCUCAGGCCUGCUGUUCCAGUUUGA